UGUGUCAGGCUGUAACCAGUGUCCUGUGUUCAGAGUGCAUUUUGUUCUCUGUACAAAGUCUCACACUGUGAUUAGAUUGUGUAGUGUUCUCUAUUUUACAGGGAAAGACGGUCAGAGUCUUCUGUUUCAGGGGCAGCCAUGUGGCUCCUGUCGUCCUCUUUGCUUUUCUCCGUCCUGCUGCAAACACUGUCUGCACAGGAGGAAGAUUGGAAAACAGCCACAUCUAUUUAUGACUUCAGUGCCAGGGAUAUAGAUGGGAAUGAAAUUUCUCUGGAAAAAUACAGAGGUCAGGUGGUUAUCAUCACCAACGUCGCCACCAAUUGAGCCAAAGCCCCAAUAAACUACUCUCAGUUUGUACAGAUGCACACCAAGUACGCUGAGAGAGGUUUAUCCAUCCUGGCUUUCCCAUGCAACCAGUUUGGCAACCAGGAGCCUGGUACACAUGCAGAUAUUAAAAGGUAUGCUCAAUCCUACAAUGCACAAUUUGACAUGUUCAGCAAGGUCAGGGUCAACGGACCAGAAGCUCAUCCCCUGUGGAAAUGGUUGAAGGAGCAACCUAAUGGCAGAGGAUUCCUAGGAAAUGGAAUCAAGUGGAAUUUUACCAAGUUCCUCAUUGACCGUCAAGGCCAGGUCGUGAAGAGAUUCUCACCUAUGGAUGAUCCGAUUGUGAUCGAAGUUGAUUUAAUGAAAUAUCUGUAAACCCUGCAUUUAAUUUCAUCUUCAGUCAGUUCCAUUCCCAGUCCUCUCCUGUGGCCUGCUGGGAGUCAGUGGUGUCUUCCCAUAGUUUUAUGAAGGUUUGUCUUAAAACCCACCCUGUGGAAAGGACAAACCUGAAGUAUUCGGUGUGCGACUCGUCAUGGGAAGAUCACUGGGACACAGACAGGAGACACAGACUUUUACACUUACACUCAGAAAUGAUUCAGUGUGUUCCUCAUUCUGAAACUUAAUAAAGAUUUAAUAUCACUUCA